AUGUGUGCUAAGAAAAUUGCUGGUGUCUUAGGUGCUACAGGUUCCGUAGGACAACGUUUCAUUCUUUUAUUAUCAAAUCAUCCAGAUUUCGAAUUAAAAGUAUUAGGUGCCUCUCCAAGAUCUGCGGGUAAGAAAUAUAUCGACGCAGUUAACUGGAAACAAACCGACCUUUUACCAAAAUCUGCUGAAGAUAUCACCGUCUCUGAAUGUAAGUCAGAUGCUUUCCAAAAUUGUGACGUCGUCUUCUCUGGUCUUGAUGCUGAUUACGCUGGCCCUAUCGAAAAGGAAUUCGUAGAAGCUGGGUUAGCUGUCAUCUCAAACGCUAAAAAUUAUAGAAGAGAGGAAGAUGUUCCUUUAGUCGUUCCAAUUGUCAAUCCAGAACAUUUAGACAUCGUUGCUAACAAGAUUGAAAAUGCUAAAAUUGAAAAAAAAUCAAAACCAGGUUUCAUCGUCUGUAUCUCAAAUUGUUCCACCGCUGGUCUCGUCGCUCCGUUGAAACCAUUAGUCGAGAAAUUUGGUCCAAUUGAUGCUUUAACUACAACUACAUUACAAGCCAUCUCAGGCGCUGGUUUCUCCCCAGGUGUCCCAGGUAUCGAUAUUUUAGAUAAUAUCAUCCCAUAUAUUGGAGGUGAAGAAGAUAAAAUGGAAUGGGAAACAAAGAAAAUCUUAGGUUCUGUCUCUAACGACAAAUCUCAUAUUGAAUUAUUAACCCCAGAUGAGAUCAAAGUCUCUGCUCAAUGUAACAGAGUCGCUGUCUCUGAUGGUCAUACAGAAUGCAUAUCUCUCAGAUUCAAGAAUAGACCAGCCCCAUCAGUUGACGCCGUUAAACAAUGUCUACGUGACUAUGUCUGUGAUGCUUCUAAAUUAGGCUGUCACAGUGCUCCAAAACAAACUAUCCACGUUCUAGAACAAAAUGACAGACCACAACCAAGAUUAGACAGAAACAGAGAUGCUGGUUACGGUGUUUCCGUUGGUAGAGUUAGAGAGGACCCUGUUUUAGACUUCAAAAUGGUCGUUCUAUCCCAUAACACAAUCAUUGGUGCAGCAGGUUCAGGUGUUUUAAUUGCAGAAAUCUUGUUGGCAAAGAACUUAAUCUAA